AUGAGGAUAACAGAAGCAAGCCUUAUACGACGGAUCAUAAAUAGUCCAUAUCACCCAUUUCAAGUCAAAAUUAAACCAGAUGUAUGGCAGAAACGUGAACAGUUACGGCGGUUUGUCGCAUGGCAGUACGGCUUUCAAAGAACUACUGUGAGAAGAGGUAUGCAAAAGCUAAACAAAAUGUUCACCUAUCUCAGUCUCCAGCGUGAAGAUGCGCCGAGACUAGAAAAAUUUUACGCAGCAGAACGAGUCCAAGCUGCUCUUGCUGAACACCACUUUGAUUACGCCUUAUUCCGGACUAUGCUUGGGAAAGCACAUGUCUUGCUCGAUAACAUCGUCAUUUCCCAGCUUGCAAUUUAUGAACCAAAAUCAUUUAAGAGUUUGGUGAUGCUUACGAAGCAGAUGGCUAUGGAAGAGGGAUAUCCAGUAACUACAGAUGAAGAGCAAAAGAACGUCCACACGGACUUGUCACUAUUUAAUACUCCUCUUAAACAUUCCAGAGUAUUUCCUCGAGGAGCUGCAGAAAAUCACCAAAAAGCCCCAAGACCGCUUAAAAUCACUGAAUACUAA